CGGAAGCGGAAGCGUCGGGGCGGCCGUGCCGGGCGUGGCGGGGGCGGCCAUGGCGGCGGGUGGGGAGGAGGGUUGCGAGCACUACCGGCGGGGCUGCCUGCUGCGGGCGCCGUGCUGCGGAAAGCUGUACGCCUGCCGGCUGUGCCACGACGGCGCCGAGGGACACCGGCUGGACCGCUUCCGAGUGGCCGAGGUUCAGUGCGCCCGCUGCCGCCUCCUGCAGAAGGCCCAGCAGCGCUGCGAGGGCUGCCACAAUCUCUUCGGCGAGUAUUACUGCGAUAUCUGUCACCUCUUCGAUCGCGACAAGAAGCAGUACCACUGCGACGAGUGCGGCAUCUGCAGGAUCGGUCCAAAGGAGGAUUUUUUCCACUGUUCAAAAUGCAAUUUGUGCCUAAACUUGAGUCUUCGAGGAAAGCACAAGUGUAUUGAAAAUGUCUCCAGGCAGGACUGUCCGAUAUGUUUGGAGGAUAUUCACACAUCUCGUGUUGGAGCUCAUGUUCUGCCGUGUGGUCACCUUCUUCACAGGACGUGUUACGAGGACAUGCUAAAGGAAGGUUACAGGUGUCCUUUGUGCAUGCACUCGGCUUUAGAUAUGACAAGGUACUGGCGUCAGCUGGAUGACGAAGUAGCGCAGACUCCUAUGCCCACAGAGUAUCAGAACAUGAUGGUGGAGAUCCUCUGCAAUGACUGCAACGCCCGGUCUACAGUACAGUUCCAUCUCCUAGGCAUGAAGUGCAAAAACUGUGAAUCAUACAAUACUGCCCAAGAUGGAAGAUGCCGGCUGCCUUUGGAGGAGCAGUGACCAAGAUAGGCGCGCUGCGUUCGGCUGGAUGAGGAACACUCUGCCAUGGAACAGACUUAUUUUUUUGGGGGGGUGGGGGGGGGGAAAUCCACUUGUCAGUAAAAACUUACUCAAGGUUGUCACGGCACCAGCGAGAUGAUUACAAGAUUGAAUUGAUGGUGGUGCAAAGGAGUUUUGCUAAUUGUGCCCCCUCCCUAGUACCUGGGGCAUGGCGCGGUUGGGCCCUUCAGGAAACUCCCCGUCGAGCGGCGCGGUGCCCGAGGAAGGUUAGUUUCUAGAGAAUGGCACCCUUUAAAAGAGCCCUUUGCGGUGUCAGGGGCAGCCCAGGAGAAUAACUAAUGAGAUGCAAAAUGAGAAACGAUCAGCAGCUGACACAGCAGAAGAUGUUUUGGGGCAGCUGAAGGUUGUGAGCGUAACAGGAGGUGGAGGUAUAGCUAUUGUGGUUGCAGCUGUUGGGGAAAAUUGGUAGCUUUGAGAGGGGGCCCUUGUACAUAAAGCUGACGUCUGCAAAGUUUAACGCGAGUACGUUUGGUUCCGUUUAAAUACGCGUGUGCUCUAGGGCCUUGGAGCCAGCGGCGCGGGUGGCUGGAGCGGGUGAGCUUGCAGAAAUUGUGUCCCUUGGCUUGAUGGGUUGACACGUGUACAGAAUUCGCUUUGAAACAAGGCUGGCCCGCCUGCGAAGGUGCGACGAACGGCCUAAAAAUCCAGCCGCAAGGCCGCCCUUCUACCCCGGCCACCCAUCUGACCUGCCCUCUCCUCGCUCGGAUUCCUUUGCCAGCUGCAGUCCCGUUGGUGCCCGUUUCUUCCUCAUUUUGCUUUAUUCGCUUAGAAAGGCCGAGGUGUCGUCGGGUUUUAGACCCGUACGUAGCUCCAUGCUUUGAUGGCUAAGUGAAGCGCGUACCGUUGUCUUGUCAGGAUUGACACUGGGCCGGCGAGUUGGGCUGAGCCCGAGGCGUUCGCUGAAGUAACAGCAGUUUAUAGACGCACUCGAGUAGUGCGGGGACCAAUUUUCUGUGGUUUUGUGUUUUGUUUUUUAUUAAUGGUACCUUCAUUUCGUUGAGGUGGAGGAUGGAGGAGUGCUUUUAAAAAAACAACAAAAACCAACAAACCUUCCCACCCUUCUUGAUGUAAUAUCUUGCCCAGGGUGUUUUGCAGUCUAAAUAUUGCAGAAAGCUCUUAGUUUCUGAGAAUUUCAGAAAUUUCAGUGCAAAUAGCAUUCAGUAACGAAGUAAAACAUGUUAUAAAAAGCCCAGUUACUCUUCACCAUCCAACUACUUGUUCUUAACUUGUUCUACCGUAAAACAACGGCUUUUCUUUAUCUGACAGUGCCCCUUUAUGUACGAAACACUGCGACUCGGAUGAUUGCGUUGCUGUAGCUUGCCGUGGCUGGAUUAUCUUUCUGAAGCACUUUUCUCACUGCUAUAAAUAAAUGUAAAGCAGCAUCUCUAUUAAAAAAAAUUACACGA